CGGGUGGCUAGCCCUACUGACCAGAUGAAAAAAGUGAGGCCCGGAGAGGUGGUGUGACCCGCCUAAGGCUGCUGCGCUAAUUAGGAAACUGCGUCCUCGGAUCCAGAUUUUCACCUUCUUUCCCUACCAAGUCGCUGCAUCCUGGGAGGAAAGGGUGUCUCACUGAACUGAAUUCCGGUGUUAGAGGUCAGAAUCCUGGAACCACGGCUACUGGGUCCGGGAAGGGACACAGAGUCCAACACUCCCGCAGCAAAGACGGGGAAACUGAGGUCCAGAGCCUGGCGCUCCACCGCCCACGGAGGAGAAAGAGAAUGGGGCGCGUCCCGCUUCGCGGGCCGGGUGGCGCCGGAGCCGCCUCCUCCCGCCCCCCACGCCGGGUCCCCCCGCCUCGUCUUUGCCCUCGCAACGCGGCCACCUCGGGAGCAAGUCAUGGUGGCUGCACUGGUGGCGGCGUGGCUGCUCCUGUCGGCCGCGGCCUGCGCACAGCGAGAGCAAGACUUCUACGACUUCAAGGCGGUCAACAUCCGGGGCAAGUUGGUGUCGCUGGAGAAGUACCGGGGUUCGGUGUCCCUGGUGGUGAAUGUGGCCAGUGAGUGUGGCUUCACAGACCAGCACUACAGAGCCCUGCAGCAGCUACAGCGGGACUUGGGGCCCCACCACUUCAACGUGCUUGCUUUCCCCUGCAAUCAGUUUGGCCAACAGGAGCCCGACAGCAACAAGGAGAUUGAGAGCUUUGCCCGCCGUACCUAUAGUGUCUCUUUCCCCAUGUUUAGCAAGGUUGCAGUCACUGGUACUGGUGCCCAUCCUGCCUUCAAGUACCUGACCCAAACUUCUGGGAAGGAACCCACCUGGAACUUCUGGAAGUACCUAGUGGCCCCAGAUGGAAAGGUGGCAGGGGCUUGGGACCCAACCGUGUCGGUGGAGGAGAUCAGGCCCCAUAUCACAGCGCUUGUGAGGAAGCUCAUCCUGAAGAAGCGAGAAGACUUAUAACCACUUUCCUUCCUCUCCCAUUGUCCCCUUCCCCCCAUCUUCCAUGGGUGACCAAAACAAACUCAAAUGGUGCUUCAAAGGGAGAAACCUUUGAUUCUCCUUCCUCCAUUCUUAUCCCACUUACCCAUCACUCCUGUGGGGGGAAAAUUUUAGUAUUUUGAUGAUUUGAAUCUUAGAACAACCUAUACUCCUGGCCAAUGAGAACACUUGACCAAUGAAUCAUGAGCCAAUAAGAACCUCUAGCUCAUGAAAACAUGUGGCAAAUAGAAGUAUAUCAAGCAAUAAUCAUCUAUUAGGAACUCUGUAAAACAGGGCUAAUUCCUACCUCACAGGGCUGUUGUGAGGACCUAUGAAUGUGCCCAGGGCAGUGCCAGCUCAAUAAGAGGCAUUCAAUAAAUGUUUUUCGCAUAUAAACCAAAAAAGUACUUGUGAUCAAUGAAAACUUGCACACAAUGUGAAUUUCUAGCCAAUGAGAAUCCAGGCAAAGCAUGUAUUUGUUGUUAUUUUUCUCUAUAUUAUUUUUUAAUUACAAAAUAAUGCAAAUGCAUUGUAAGAUAAUAUAGGAUGACAUAAUAAAAUGAAAGUAUUCCCCUCAUUUUCUAUACUCUCACUCCCUGGAGGAAAACAUUGUUAGUAAUUUGGUACAAAGACUUCCAAGCCUUUUAAAAUCAACCCAAUCAUUACUGCCCAAUAAAAAUUCAUUGACCAAAAGACUGUUAGUGAGA